UUCCUCUAUAUAAGCCAUAUUCCACUCUCUCAAUGCUUUUAUUUCUCUGCCUUUAACUGCCCAAAAGAUUCUCCAGCUAGCUUUCUCAAAUCAUUUUCUUUCUUCAUCUCCUUCUUGCUUCUCUCAAUCCAAAAAAAAAAUUUAGGCUCUUUUUUCUUAUUUUCUUGUUCUUGAAUCUUUAAACUACAAAAGUAUACAAAUACAUAUAUAUACACUGUUACAUAGUCAUGGCGGUUGUGGUGGAAGAAGGCGUGGUGUUGAAUCAUGGAGGUGAAGAGCUUGUUAAUAUGCCACCUGGAUUCAGGUUUCAUCCAACAGACGAAGAGCUCAUAACAUGCUAUCUCAAAGAGAAGGUCUUAGACAGCCGUUUCACGGCUUUGGCCAUGGGAGAGGCCGAUCUCAACAAGUGCGAGCCUUGGGAUUUGCAAAAGACUAGUGCAAAGAUGGGGGAGAAAGAGUUAUACUUCUUCUGUCAAAGGGACAGGAAGUACCCGACCGGGUUGAGGACGAACCGUGCCACCGAGUCCGGGUAUUGGAAAGCGACUGGGAAGGACAAGGAGGUCUUCAAAGGCAAAGGCUGUCUCGUUGGGAUGAAGAAAACACUUGUGUUUUAUAAAGGAAGAGCUCCACGAGGUGAAAAGACUAAUUGGGUCAUGCAUGAGUAUCGUCUUGAAGGCAAAUAUUCUUAUCACAAUCUUCCCAAAUCCGCAAGGGACGAGUGGGUCGUGUGUAGGGUUUUUCACAAGAACAAUCCUGCUACUACAACCCAACAAAUGACGAGAAUACCCAUUGAAGAUCUCCCAAGAAUGGAUUCUUUUGAUAACAUUGACCAUCUCCUAGACUUCUCAUCUCUUCCUCCUCUCAUGGAUCCGAGUUUCACGGGCCAAUCCGAACAACACAGCUUCAAACCCAUCAACCCUCCAAGCUACAACAUCUCAUCACCAAUCCAAGCCCAUCACUUCAACUCUAGUUAUUUGCGAAGUGAUUUUUCGCAACGGAGCUCUCACGUUAAAAGUUAGAGUGGUUAAUAUCGAUAUUACCCUUAAU